AGAAAAGCUCACUUCAACACUCCCUCCCUCCCAGCUUUCUAUGUUUACACAGCAACGAGGCUGGCCCCGCCCCUUCCUGCACUUCAGUCACCUGACCGUGUUGUCAUCACACGACGUCCCUCAGCUGCAGACCCAGUGACAUGAGGAUAUUCCUGUCUCCAUGAAGAAAGGAUCUCAAGGAUUCUCUAGCUAGAAGUGUUGGACAAUCCUAACUAGAAAUGGAGUCUCUGCUGCUGAUUUCACCGAUUACAGCGCUGGAGUUUGUUGCUGACCAUCUCCUGUCUGGUGAAGGCCCUUAUCUUACUGUGUAUAGUUUGGAGAAAGAUCAGCUUACCUCGCACAGGAAAAGGCAGAAUGUUCUCCGAGGUUACUCCAUCCAUGGCAUAAAGCUCCGUUCAUCUGCUACCGUUGAAGGAGAACCUGUGCUAAUAACUGUGUUUGGAAGCAAGGGGCUUAUUGUUCUACAGCUGACCAUCGAUGAUCAUGAAGUGAGCCUGUCAGAAAUCUGUAUGCUUAGAGAACUACAUGACUGGAUUUGGGAUGUACAGUGGCUUGAAGAUGGCCUACAGCCAGCAUCUUACCUUGGCUUAGCGUUGGGCCACAACUCUGUGGCUCUUUAUGAUUUCAUAAGUGGUGAGGUUCUGAAAGAGGUCCAUUGUGCUGAGAAAUGCAUCUUGUACUCUGCUUGUUUCUAUGGCCAGAGCUGGGAGGAACUCGUGCUGGUUUCAGGGACAGUGUUUAACCAGCUGGUUGUUUGGGGAGUGUCAGAUCCAACAAAUAAAGACGGACGAACUGAACCAAGGCAAAGAAUAAGCGGCCACAAUGGUGUCAUAUUUAGUAUCUUUUAUGAAAAGGAAAGAGGCCUUUUAGCUUCGGCAUCUGACGAUCGCAGUCUUCGGAUUUGGGACGUUGGUGACCUUGCUGCUAACAGCUUUGAUGUCCAGUGCCUUCUUGUGUUAUACGGCCAUCAGUCACGAGUGUGGUCUGUGAAGCUGAUCCCUGAGAACAUUAUAAGCAUAGGUGAAGACUCUGCAUGCAUCAUGUGGAAUUACCAGGGAGACAUUGUUAAUCACUUUAAAGGCCACAAAGGUCGAGGCAUCAGAGCAGUUGCUGUACAAGAUCAGCACGGUUUGAUAGCUACAGGGGGGGCAGACUCUGGCAUCAGACUCUGGCAAACAAAUGAAAAGUCUUCUAGGUCCAACGAGCUCCUUCCAUUACAUUUUAGUUCAUCUCAUAGCCCAGGGGCCCCAAAGGCCCUAGCUAUGGUAGAUACCACUUUGCUCAUUGUUAUGACAGAUGUAGGCUCCAUCUAUACUUAUGAUUUUAUCUCCAAACAGUGGAGUUUCAUUCUGGCAGAUGAGAACUACCAAUCCUACUGUCAACUUGAUGUUUAUAAAACAUCUAAUAGUGUCAUAUGUGCUAUAGGGAACAUAACAGGUGACAUCAAGGUUUUUACUCUCUCCUUUCCUAAUAUUGCCAGGGACCUCAAAUGUCACCAGGGUAAAAUUCAUAGCCUGACCUGGGUGGCACCUUUAUGCCCUGGGUCAUUCACUUGCAGUCUUUUCUCAUCAGGCCCAUAUGGAAUAAUGGUGUUGUUGGAGGUCGUAUGUGUUUCUGGACAUGUGGAGUCUGUGACAGAAAAGGGUCGAUUUAUUUUGCCACCAUGUAAGCAGAGGUGGCAUACCAGUGUGGCCUUCUUGCCUGAUGAGGAUUUCAUUGUGUGUGGGGAUCGUAGGGGCUCCUUAAUGCUUUUUCCCACGAAUGACACAUGCAGAGAACAAAGCAACUUCCUGGGCACCACCUCCAUUCAGAGUGAUAGUGAUACCAUACAUUUGAAGGAGAAUGUAGAUGAUCUGGUAGGUGUAGAAGAAAACAACUGCCCCUCAUCUGAUUGCUCAGUGCUAUCUGCAAAAUGUCCUGUUUCGCCUCUGUUUGGGAUUCAUGGCAAAUUAGGGGUAACAUCCAUCAAUUGCCACAAUGGGUUUGUGUACAGCACAGGGCGGGAUGGAUUUUACCGACAACUGAAGGUAGAAAAAGGCCAGCUAACUGUGUUGCGCAAACAAAAGUCCUGCAAGGGAAUGGAAUGGAUAGAACGUCUGUCAUUUACUGCUGAUGGCAAUUUGUUAGUGAUGGGUUUCCAUGCCACUGACUUUGUGGUUUGGAGCACAGGAACCAAUGAGAAGCUUCAUUGUGUCCCAUGUGGAGGAGGGCACAGGUCAUGGAGUUACAGAAAAGAAGAACACAGCGAGGUAUUUGCUUAUAUCAAGUCAUGUGAUAUUUUUGCCUAUAUGAGCCACCCAGUUGGGAAUACCCACAGCAUAUUAAAAGAGCCAGUGCAUGGCAGAGAAUUGACCUGUGUCAGAUCUGCUGGGACCUUUAAGACUUUCAGGAAUGAACGCCUACAUGUUUUAUUAACAAGCAGCGAAGACACCACAGUGAAUAUAUUAUGCUUUAAUGAGGCAACAAAGAGUCUGUGCCAACUUGCCACAAUCAGUGAUCAUAUCUCUAGUGUAAAAACCCUGGCAUUAGCCAGAACUAAACCUCAUUUCCAGGAGGACAGCAUCCUGUCUGUUGUGCUGUUCAGUGCUGGAGGGAGGGCAGAGAUUGAGUGUUAUUGCCUACAGAUUAACCAAGGCAAAGGUGAAGAAAGUGUAUCGUGCCAAGUGAUCCACCUUGCGUCCCACAGACUGGAUGAACACUGGGACAGAAUAAAGAAUAAGCACAGACUUGUCAAGAUGGAUCCAGAAACAAGAUACAUGUCAAUCACAGUGGUUGGCGAGGAGAUUGGCGACAUCACAACUUCCAGUUUGGUGUUUCUUGCUGCAGCCUGCAGUGAUGGAUCUGUAAGAUUUUUUUCCAUGUGUACAAGGUAUCGGAAAAUGCUGCUGGUAGCAGAGUCCUUUUAUCAUCAGCGCUGUGUACUGAAGCUUUGGUCAUUUGUGCACCGGUUUGUUGAUGGAAAAAGAGAUUUGCUUUGUAGUGCAGCAACAGAUGGACGCAUUGUAUUGUGGGAUGUCACUGACACUAUAGAACAAGCACGUAACGUCCUGCAAGAAGAACAUGAAGAUUUUCAGCCACUGAACCUAGGAGACCCUUGCUUUACAAUCCCUGCUCAUCAGUGUGGGAUCAACAGCCUCCACAUUCAGGAGACCAAGGAUGGACAUUACCUGGUGGCCAGCGGAGGAGAUGACAACUCCAUUCAUAUCUGCCGUCUGACAGUGAGAGUCACAACUUUCAACACAGAUAACAGAACAAGCUUCCAACUUCUCCAAGAAUUUUCCAUCCCCUCGGCUCAUGCGGCCCAUGUCACCGGGCUUCGUUUUCUUCAAGAAGAUUUACUGGCCUCUGUCUCUGUGGAUCAACGUCUGUGUCUGUGGCACUUUAGCAAGGAUGGAGGUCUGCAUCACACAAGUACCAAGCUCUGCCACGUGGCUGAUGUGUCUGAACUAGAUUGCUGGGACAAUCUCACGACGGGAGGACAUUAUUGUGUUCUUUGUGGACAAGGACUGGAAAUUGUUAUGUGUAAACUGAGCAAAGUCCCCCAAUUAGAUCAGGAAGCAUGAAACCAAUAGAAUUAAAGAAAGCACUUCUGUUAAUUUUUAUGUUUUUGACAAUUUCAUAGUAAAAAAAAUUUAAUUAAAUCAAUUUCUGUCGUUUA